GAGGCUGUACUGGAAGCUGUCCAGAGAGCAUGCAGAGCAUGCAGUGGCUGGAGAGCUAGGCUCUGCUCUCCGGGUGAGUCUGCCCUGUGGAGCAAACGGGGCUCAGAGAGCUCCUGGCGGAGGGUCAGCUCCGGGCGGAGGGUCUGUCAUUUUCUGGGCUGCCUGGGGCCCAGGCUGAGCCUCCCAUCUCACCCGGCCGGCUGUCCCUGGGACUUCUCUCAAAGGCAAGGCCCCACCUCUCUACCCUGCCGGUCUGCAGCCAGGACCAAUGAGAGCCCAGGGCUCCGUCCGGAUGACAAAGCACCCACGGUAUUUAAGGGCAGCCGGGCCGGGCUGGGAGCUGCCCUGGUGUUCUCUCGGAGCAGGAGGUGCAGCGGGACUCGAUGGCCAUGUGCUACGGGAGGUGUGCCCGCUGCAUCGGGCACUGUCUGGUGUGGCUGGCCGUGCUCUGCAUGGUGGCAAACGUCCUGCUCUAUUUCCCCAACGGGGAAACAAAGUACGCUGCGGAACACCACCUCAGCCGCUUCGUCUGGUUCUUCUCCGGCCUGGCUGGAGGGGGCUUGCUGGUGCUGCUCUCGGCGUCCGUGUUCAUCGCGCAGGAGGAGGAGGACUGCUGCGGUGGCUGCGGUCAGGAAGACUGCGGCAAGAGCUGCAGGACGCUCUCUUCCAUUCUGGCCGCCCUCGUCGGCAUCUUGGGAUCCGGCUACUGCGUUGUCGUGGCCGCUCUGGGCCUGGCAGAGGGACCCUUGUGCAUGGAUUCCCGCGGCCAGUGGAACUACACCUUUGCGGACACGGACGGAGGGUACCUCCUGGACAGCUCCACCUGGUCCCGGUGCCAGGAACCUGAGCAUGUCGUAGAGUGGAACGUCACCCUGUUCUCCCUCCUCCUGGCCCUCGGUGGAGUUGAAUUCAUCUUGUGCCUCAUACAAGCCAUCAAUGGAGUGUUUGGAGGCCUCUGUGGGUACUGCUGCUCACGCCAGCAGAGAUACGACUGCUAAGACAGAGCCGCCCCGCCGAACGCAGCUCCCUAUAUUUAUAUACCACUCGUACUACUGGGAAACUCUGUCCUCCACUUUCCCCUCUGCCUUUGUACAAGAAUGAAGACUGGCGUCUCUAUGAGAUCUCAGUGUUUCAACGUCGCAAAGAUGAUGAUGAUGAUGUUUUAAGGAAUGAGAAAACAUAAAAAUGGUGCUCUGGAGAUAGUUACCAACCGAACAGCCUCUGUGUACCAGGGAGAAACUAACUGUCGUCGUUAGGACGAAGUCCACUGCCCCACUGCUGUGUGUGCGCACGUGCUUUCUAAGUGAGAGGGGUCGGGUUGCUUUUCCUAAGCCCAGGCAGAGGAAGGCCACGACCGAGG